AUGUCCAUUGAGGCCGUGAGGUUGCGUGGGCGCUUGGUACAGCAGCGGGCCAUGAACGCCCGGGCACCUUCAUCGUCAAGUCACUUCAGCCGCAGGAGCCCCGUGCAAGUGUACACUUCGGUGGAAGCAGUGGAUGAACCGAUGACCGUGCAGGUGGAGGCCAGCCCAGUGCCUCCGGGCAGCCCGCCAGCGGAGCCCGAGUCCGCGGCGGCCGCGGCGGCGGCCGCGGCAUGGCUUCAGGCUGAGUCGCCCAGCCCGCGCAGACGGUUUCGAGUGACCACCAGCCCAACUCGGUGUAGAAGCAAUGAGCGCUACACUUUGGCAUGUAAGGCAGCCACCAGUGAUGGAGACUAUCGACAGUUAUUGGAACAGCACCGGCGCGAAAUUCGCGAACAACGCGAGGCUGCAAGACGCAGUUCGCCGGAGCGAGUGCAGUGGGGCGUUUGGGCCAAAUGA